CUGCCAUUAUUUGAGUUUGUUUUAUGUAUGUGGGACAUUUCUGGCUCACAGUAUAAUCUUGAGCCUUGUGAAGAUCCUGGGAUCCCACAGUUUGGUAACAGAAUAGGAUUUAGUUUUGGAGUGGGAGAUAUUCUGACAUUCUCCUGCUCAUCUGGAUAUCGUUUAGAAGGAUCUUCAGAGAUUAUUUGUCUUGGUGGUGGCCGACGAGUAUGGAGUGCACCUCUGCCAAGGUGUGUGGCUGAAUGUGGAGCCGCCACAACAAACAAUGAAGGAAUCUUACUUUCCCCCAAUUAUCCUCUUAACUAUGAAAACAAUCAUGAAUGCAUUUAUAGCAUUCAGGUGCAAGCAGGGAAAGGAAUCAAUAUUUCUGCCAGAACGUUUCACUUAGCCCAAGGAGAUGUUCUUAAGAUAUAUGAUGGCAAAGACAACACCGCUCACCUGUUGGGUGCAUUUACUGGAGCAUCUUUAAGAGGAUUGACACUAAGUAGUACUUCUAAUCAUUUAUGGUUGGAAUUUAACUCGGACUUGGAGGGUACUGAUGAAGGUUUUCAGCUUGUGUAUACCAGUUUUGAGCUUUCACAUUGUGAGGAUCCUGGUGUGCCACAGUUUGGAUACAAGAUUAGUGACCAAGGACAUUUUGCUGGAAGCACUAUAAUUUAUGGGUGCAAUCCAGGUUACACACUCCAUGGAAGUAGCCUUCUAAAGUGUAUGACAGGGGAAAGAAGAGCAUGGGACUAUCCUCUACCAUCAUGUAUUGCUGAAUGUGGAGGUCGUUUUAAAGGAGAAUCAUCAGGAAGAAUCUUAUCUCCUGGCUAUCCUUUUCCUUAUGACAACAACUUGCGUUGCAUGUGGAUGAUUGAAGUAGACCCAGGAAAUAUUGUCAGCCUCCAGUUUCUUGCUUUUGAUACUGAGGCAUCACAUGACAUUCUACGGGUUUGGGAUGGACCACCUGAGAAUGAGAUGUUACUCAAGGAAAUUAGUGGAUCUCUUGUUCCUGAAGGCAUUCACAGUACACUCAACAUAGUCACAAUCCAAUUUGACACAGACUUUUACAUCAGCAAAUCUGGAUUUGCCAUACAGUUUUCAAGCUCUGUAGCUACCGCUUGUCGUGAUCCUGGUGUCCCCAUGAAUGGAACUAGAAAUGGAGAUGGAAGAGAACCUGGAGACACUGUCCUUUUUCAGUGUGACCCUGGAUAUGAACUGCAAGGAGAUGAGAGAAUAACCUGCAUUCAGGUAGAAAACCGGUACUUCUGGCAGCCCAACCCACCAGUCUGUAUAGGUGUGGUGGAAAGGAGGGAGAACACUGGCUAA